UGUGGAAUGAAAGAUGGUAGAUAGUCAAACAUGGAGGACCGACACAGAGAGUCAUGAGAGCGGUGCAAAACUUUUUGGAAAAGGUGGAUGCAGGACUGCCUGUGUCGAUUUGACCCGCGGUUGUUUCUUCGGUGUGAAGUUUUCUGUUUCCGAGAGUUGAUGGGAGUUACACUUUUGUAAUGCAGUAGAAAGUUGUGAUAUAUUUGUUGUUGGAGUAAAGGAAGGGGGUCCCAGCAGCGCUAUGCCGUGGGUGAGCAGCUGUAAGCGGAGAGAGAGCUCAGAGCUGCCGCUGCCCCCGGGCUGGGAGGAAGCCAGGGAUUUUGAUGGCAGAGUCUUUUACAUUGACCACAACACUCGACAAACUUCAUGGAUCGACCCCAGAGACAGGAUUACCAAGCCUCUGACCUUUGCCGACUGUGUGGGGGAUGAGCUUCCUCUGGGCUGGGAGGUGGUAUAUGACCAGCAGGUGGGCGUCUACUACAUCGACCACAUCAAUAAGACGACCCAGAUAGAGAACCCUCGCACACAAUGGCGUCAGGAGCAGGAGCGCAUGUUAAAGGAGUACCUGGUGGUGGCGCAGGAGGCUCUCAAUGCCAAGAAAGAGAUGUAUCAGAUCAAACAGCAAAGACUCGAGCUGGCACAGCAAGAGAUGCAACUCUUCAACCAACUCACUCAGGAUGACAACCGUUCCAUCACCAGCUCUCACUCUGGUUCCUCUUCAAAUGCAAAAUAUGACCCUGACCAAAUCAAAGCGGAAAUCGCCUGUAGGCGUGAGCGGCUUUCUAGGCUCAAACAGGAGCUGGCUCAGAUGAGACAGGAGCUGCAGUACAAGGAAAUGGGAGUGGAGACCCUACAGGAAAUUGACCGGAAGAUGUCCAGCAGUCACACCAACUACAAACUAGAUGAAGCGCAGGCCAUCUUCAGCGAGCUCCGCAGCAUUAAAAAGGCCAUCAGCACCGGCGAGAAGGAGAGGCAGGACCUCAUCCAGAGCCUGGCCAAGCUGACGCUCAACUUCUGUGACUCCAUUAAUGAGGUGGCCAACAAUGCAGAAACCCUGGGUAACUCCUGUAGUGUACAACAAUACACAGACUCUGGAUGCCAGACUGAUCUGAUGGGAGAGUUUGGCACACAGGAGCCACCACUGGUUGCAGACAGAGUCAAACUCAAUUGGCAGUAUGAAGAGGCUAAAAAGAAGAUGUCCAGUAUUCAGCAUCAGUUGGCUCAGUUUGACAGUGAGAGCUGGUCGGGACGUGCGGAGGCCGACCGGGAUCUGGACUGUCUGCAGCUGCUGCGGGAGAAGGAGGCUCUGCUCCAGGAGAUCACUCUGCUCAGCCAGCAGCAGCACUCCUCCGAAACUCUGCUCCAGUUGCAGGAGGAGAAGCGCAGGCUGGGGGAGGAGGUGCAGAAAGCCCAGAUUGUCCAGAGUCAGGGGGCCAGUCAGAGGAUAUUACAGCAGGAGAAAAGGAAUGUACUCAUGAGGCAACUAGAGGAAGCCACCCGUAUCACCACCUAUCUACACUCUCAACUGAAGAGCACCCCUAAUCCAAAGAGCCUAUCAGCCAGUAAUCUGACAGUGUCCUCCAGCAGCAGCCGUGGCUCUUUAGCCUCCAGUCGUGGCUCUUUGGCAUCCAGUCGUGGUUCUCUCAGCUCGGUCAGCUUCACCGACAUCUACGGCCUACCCCAGUAUGAGCGAACAGAAGGAAACUCUGAUGUUCUGGACCCUUCUUUCCGCUACCUUCUCCCCUUGGAGACCCACAGUAGGGACGGCUCAGCCUUCGGCCCAAAACGUUCACACGACACACCGCAGUCUCUCACCUCUCUCUCCUCUCGGUCCUCGCUCUCGUCGCUCUCCCCUCCCAGCUCCCCCAUGGACACCCCCUAUCACUCAGUCCCCCAGGACUGUCCUCUGGCCCAGAUGACAGAGGAGUACAUGGAGGUGGCCAGCAGAGGGCUACGGAACCAGACUCAAUCCCAGCAGCACACUACUCUUCCUGGGGAAGGGGAAGUGGGAAUCCCAGCCACUGGACACCUCCUGGAAGGAAAGAGCCAUAGAGACGGAGUUCUCCAAGGAACGCAUAACUCCACAGGAGUAACCCUACGCUCUAAAAGUGCAAGUCGGACCAGUAGAAGAGCAAGACGAGUGUCUGCAGGAGUAAAUGAAGACAUUUUGGCAACAGACAGUGGGGUCUUUGAAGCCUGGAGCAGAAGUAGGCCAGAGGAAUCAGAAGAAGUCAGUUUUGCUCAAGACGUCACAGCCUCAGUGCCAGUUCAGAUUCAGCUUGGUCUUCUAUAUGAUUCAAAUGGCAUGUUUUUGCUGCUGCAUGUUCUUCAGAUGAGAUAUUUAAGCAAGGCCACCAUUAGAGAUGGAUGCAAAGUAUUUGUGAAGGUUCAUGUUCUCCCGGUGGACUCCAGUCGGCCCUGCACAUAUUACUGCUGUAAGGCCCAGGAGCCUCAAUCUCUUCUCAGCUUUAAUGAGGGCUUCCAGAUCCCCCUGAGUGCUGGAGGCCCUGGGGCCCAUGCCUUACAGUUAAACCUCUGUGCUGUAGGACCCCUCACUCAAGAGGAGCCACUGGGUUCUGCUCAGGUUUCGCUGACAGACUGUGCUUGCAGCACAGAAAUGAUCUUCCAGUGGCACAAAGUGCAGAUCCACAGCACGGAGAACCACAGGCCCGAGCACGGCCGCCUCACUCAAUCCAGCCGUAUUAUGGAUGAGGAGGAGGAAAAGAACGAAGGGCAGGGCAAGCUUGAGGUGUCGGUGAUGACUCAUUUGGAAGAGAUGAAGAAAGAGUUGCAGAGGAGUGAAGAGGAGCUGGAAAGGAAGGAAGAGACUGGGGAGGCGGUUUCUGAGAGGAGUUGGCAGGCGGAGUCAGUGGACAGCGGCUGCAGUAACAGUACAGCGUUUGUCAUUCCCUGUCCUGAGAGUCUUUACGGUGAAGGUGUCUGCGUGACCUCUGGGAGACGCUGUCUCCAGCCUGCAGAGAGAAAUCCAAUUGUGAAGGUGGACAAGGCAACCAACACAGAAGGUGUGUUUCCAGAGCCAAUGAGGAUGCGGCCGAAAGAAAGGGCAGGACGCUGGGGUCACAGCUCACCGUUCAUGCGGAGCAGCACAAUAGUCCGAUCUCAGACGUUUUCACCUGGAGCGCGCAGUCAGUACGUCUGCAGGUUGUACAGAAGUGACAGUGACAGCUCUACUCUACCAAAGAAAUCCCCCUUCAUCAGAAACACUCUAGAGCGACGGACUCUGAGAUAUAAACAGCAGUCUCACCGCUCCUCUCUGGCUGAGCAGCCCACACGUACCUCUCUGGACCUGGAGCUGGACCUCCAGGCCUGCCGUACACGACAGAGGCAGCUGAGCGAGGAGCUGGCCGCUCUGCGGGAGCUCAAACUGAGGCUGGAGGAGCCCAUGCAGGGCCCCCGCGGCCCCGCGGACCUCCCUCAUUGGGCCCUGCGGGAUGAGCGUUUCCGAAACCUGUUACGUGAGGCCCAGAGACAGGCCAAGCAGAGCAGGCAGGAGCAGAGGCAGGAGGAAGCUGCUGAAAGGAGGUUGCGAAAAGCCUCAAAAGAGGUUUUGCAAAUGAGGGGCCAGAGCCACAAAGAGCCCCUCCCCGUGCAGACGUUCAAAGAGAAGAUGGCUUUCUUUACUAGACCAAGAUUCAACAUCCCGCCUCUGCCAGCUGACGAUGUGUGAGCGCCCCCUAGGCCACACUAUAUCAAAUAUGAAGAAUCUGUCUGUUUUAUUUUGUUUUUUUGUAUUCAUGCCCAUGAAGUAAUUAGAACAGAAAUGUAAUUAUUUCAGCACAAAGAUUAAAAGUUAUUUGAUAUGCAACAUUUGAACAGAAAGCUGUACAAAACAAGCGUGUGUGGGGUUGUGCGUGAUUGUGAGUGUGUGCGCGUGCGUGCGUGUGGUAGUACUAAUGAACACGUACACCUAUAUUUUAUGUAAUUAUUGACAUCUUGGCAAUUUUUCCUGCUUGUUUAAAGGGGGAAAUAAGUGUUUUAUAAAAGAACAAAGCAUCUUUUUACUCCUGUACGAUGUACUUCUGAUAUUUCGAUGUCUACGCUUACUUAAGGCUGGAAGACGGGAACAAAGUCAGUUUAGACAAAUUCACUGUACUGUAACUUAUUUUAUAGUACUUUUCCUUGAAGGAAAUAAAAAUGCUCCCUGCUUUUUAAUGUAUUUUAUAAAGCUUAAAACAAAUAGCACUUACUGUAAGUGUUUUUGACGUACAGUAGAAUGGAAAUUUUGGCUGAUUUUGUUUCUGUUACCUGAUUCUUUAAAGUUAUUUACUUAAUGUCACUUUUUUUUUUGAUCCACUUUUGUUGCAGUUGUCAUUGUCCCUUGUGCUGUUAUUCUAUUAAAUUUAUUAAUAUUAAUUAUUACUUGUAAUUUUCAAUAUAUAGACGAAUAUAAUUUUGUAUGCUGUCUGUAAAACAUCUGCAGUGUUACCUCUCUUAUGAAGAUAAAAGCAUUAAACCGUGAAAGUGCAGCUGUUUUUGAGAAAUAACCUUUCAAGAUCAAAUCAGUGGUUUGUUUGGCAAUGAUGUUCAUCAUAAGUUCUAAUGUAAAUGAUUAUAAUCAUUAGUUUAGUGGAUUGAUGUCAGGUUUGUACAUUAUGAUCUUUAAAGGCCUGUUACUCCAGAAUUUGUUAUCUAAAUUGCCCAGAAGGUGGCGUCUUAAACCUGCUCUUGGGCUCACAUGUGUUUUGCUAGUAUUUCAGGAAAGUACUAUGUUGUAGACUACACAAUUUUGCACAUAAUAAUCCUUAAAUACAUGGAUAUUACAAACAACGCUUUGCAGUGAAAUUUCUCUUCGGCUAUACGAUAUCUAACAAUAGGACUAUUAAUGAGCCAUUACUUAUGAUGGUUAAAUUAACGUCAUCUAAUGAUUCAAGCCCAUUUUCAGCACUUUUUCUGGCAUUUGCUGCCUUUAAAUAGAAGCACAGCAGGUUUAGUUAAAAAGCAUCAGAUCUGGAACAUUAAUGAGGUGAAAAUCUUAAAACUGGAAACGGGAAGAAUGAUGUUUGUUUAAAAAUAGAGCAAGAUUGCUGUUCUAAUCCUUAAUGAUCUUUAAAAGCUGCACAUAAAACCUCUCAUUAAAGGAAUUUCCAUGGAGAGCUUUGAUGGCUUUUUACUAAAACCGCAAAUUAAAGGUGAUUAUCAACUUGCAUCAGUGUCUCCCAACAGGAGCAUGAAAUGUAUUCAUAAAUAAAUCUGUAGUCGUUGAUAAUCGGUUGAAAUAACACUUGACUGUUAAUAGCCCAUUUACAGGUUUUACCAAGACAAAUUAAUGUGUUUUUGUAUGUUUCAGUCUCAAUGCUAAAGCUACGCCAUUUAAAUGUGUUGGGACAGUAUAUAUUUUUUUGAAUUACUUUUAUUCAGCAAGGAUCCAUUAAAUUGAUCAAAAGUGACACUAAAUAUAUUUAUAAUGUUACUAAAGAACUUCUAUGGAUAUAUUUUUUCCAGUUUUUAACAUUGAUAAUAAGAAAUGUUUAUUGAGUACAAAAUCAGCAAGUAGCAUAUAGUAAUGUGAAUCAUGACUGUUCAUUUUAAGGUGAAUUUAAUCAGUACAAUGGACCUUUUUAACCUCAAGCUCAGAAACACUGUGUUCUUAUACUAUCUAGUGUUCAUAAUGGGUCAAGCAGCUGUUGGAGGAGUACUUUGUUUUCCAUCAAUCAAACUCCUCACAUUCCAUUGUGUUAUGAAAGAGUGCAGUGAUUUGGGGAAGCCUGGUAUGUAAACACUCCUUAUCAGUUUUCCUUGUAAGCGUAUAUUCUGUGUGUAUUGUAUGCAUUUAAUUAGUCCCGCACUCUAUCUUCCCUGUCAACGGGGUGAGUGACAUACGGCCUCAUGCAGUGUAUGGAUAUUAAUGGCAUGCUCAGCCGUUGGCACUGGCUGAAUCAGACGGCACCGCUAGACCCAUCUUUCCCUAUUUCUGCCAAUAAAUCAAUUUUAUACUGAAAUCCUUAGAGACCUUAAAAGUCACGACCCCAAUUCAAUAUGCUGCCACCCUGUAACACUAGUGCAUUUGUUGCCACAAAUAGUCAAUAAAUCCAAUCAAGUAAUGCA